AUGAGUGGUCAAGCUAAAGCGCAGAAUGCUAUGCAAUUAGAUGACGAUGAUUCAAACGAAAAUAAAUAAGUUAAUAUAAACGCAACAUAGGUACCUGAUUUCUAUAUGGAUUUUAGUAGGUAUUAAGGCACAGUUAAUCCAAAAACCGUCUAAAACUUAAAAAGAUAAUUUGAAUUAGAUCCUAAUAUUUGCCUCAUUAAAACUUUAGCACCUUAAGACAAAAAAAAUGAUGACAGCUUUUCAAGUAAAGAAGAAAAUGAGCUUCAAGACUUAACAUAAACUACAAUUAAAACACAAUUUUUAAUGAACCGGUUUAACGUAAAAGAUCAAAGUUAUCUUGGAACCGCUAUAACAAAGGACUCUCUUGAUAGCUACUUCUACAAUAUGAAUAAAAGAACAAUAAUUGCUAAACAUUUUAAAGAUUAAUCAGAUUCUUACUAAGUAGAAAAAGACUCUUUUGUUAAUUGGAGCAAGUACAAUUAAAUCUUGAAUCAUUUAAAUGAAGUCAAAUAAGUAAAAAAUUUUGAUUUUAAAGAAUUGAGCAAAAAGUACGAACCAAAAGAAGAUUUAGAGGAUGGUUACGUUUUGAAUUCUGAUGGUGAAAAAGUUUAAAAAGUACAUAAGAAAAAGAGUUUAUUACCUUGGUAAAAAGAAAUAAACCUUUUGAAUUAAACAGUUAUAAAUGAUAUGUACUAAAAACUAAGUAAAAAAGAUGAGGAAUAGAUGGAGAUAGAAGAAAAAUUUAGAUUAAACAAAACAUUUGAUUUUGGGAGAGAUUAAAUAUAUCAAUAAAAAAAAAAUAAUGAAACUAACCAAGAAAAGUAUUAAGAAGACAUUUUUAGUAAAUUGCCUUAAGACAUUGAUACUAUACAUUAGUAUUUAGUUGAGUAUAUUGAUUUAACUGGUGAAGCAAAUAGAUAACCUUAAAAUUUAGUGGAAUUAAAAGAAGAAAUAAAAUCACCUUUAGGAUUAUGUGAUAUUUAAAAUAACACACAAUAUUUUAAUAUUGAGUUUGUAAAUGCUAUUUACAAAGAUUACAUCGAAACCUUUUCUACUGUCUUUGAAAGAGAAAACAAAAUUUAAAUUAGUCUUUCCAACUGUUAAAAAGAGAUUUCUCCUAUCUCCAGACAGAUUAUCUUAUUAGAGCAAAAUGCGAGAAUAGAAAAUUAAGAUUAAAUAGAAAUGAUAAAAGAUUUUGAAAAUUAAAUUAAUUUAGAAGAAAUAAGAGAUGAAGAUAUUUUUAAUAUUGUUAGCGGUAGGGUAGAUUAAUAGGGACUCUUAUAGUUGGUGUAAUAGUUUGAAUAAUAUUAAAGUAAAUCAUCUAAAUAUAAGUUAAUCGAAGUGAACGAAAAUGCUAAAAUAGAAACAGAAAAAAUGCUCAAUUAAAUAAGAGCCAAAUUCAUUAAGAAAGGAAAAGAAGAUAAAGAUUCAUAAGCCUGUUUUUUCAACAAAGAAGAAAAAACCAUUUAAAUUUAGAAGGAUAAGAGUGAUCCUGAUAGUGAUAAUGUAUCAGUUUGCUCUUAUUUAAAUAAGUCUUAGAGGAGCCAAGAUAAAAAUUAGAAAGGUGGUUGUACUCCUAGUUCGAGCACAAGAGUAAGUAUAGUUGGUUUUAACAGUAGAAAAUAGUCAGCUUCUUUAACGCCUAUAAAAAAGGCUGAAUCUAUUAGAAAAUCUAUAGUUCAAGGACUUAACCCAAGAAAUUCUAUCACAAAUAGAUCUUCGAUUUCUCCUGGCUUUAAUAAUAGAAAAAGCUCAAGUUAGUUAUCUAAUUCUUAAAGUUUCUAGAACUAAACUCAAAUUAGAAAGGAUUCUCAAGCUUAAAAAUUCGAAAGAGAAGAGUUAGCUUCUGUUUAAUCUUUAGACUCUGAAAUAAAAGAAUAGUAAGAGGAUACUGAUGAAAAUGCUUAAUAAAAUGAAGAGUACAACAAAAUGAUUAGUGAAUUAGAUGCUAUUGAGACUGAGCAUAACUAAUUGCUCAAAGCUAUUAUUUCAGUUUAAAUUUCUCCUAAAAUAAAUCCAAUUUUGAAAGAAAUUAAAGAUCUAAGAGUUCUAAAAAAGUAUAUUCUAAAUUCAUAAGAUAUUAAUGAGGCAAUUUAACUGACAAAAGAGUUAAAUUCAUAGAUCUGCUCAAAGUUGAAAGAAGUAAUUACUGUACUUUUUGACGAUUAGUCCGUUAGUUUUGAGUAAGGUUUAGAAAAUUUAAUGUAAAGCUUAAAUAAAAUCAAUAAAAAAGAAAAUACAAUAGACUAGGCUAAGUUGAAGAUUAUUUUCUCUCUUUUGAAUUAGUUUAGAAUAUCUUUAGAAGAUAAUAAAUUUGAUAUUAACUCAAUAUAAAAACAGAAUAAUGAUCCUGACUACCAAUUUAAAAAAAUUUAGGAAGCCUUGGACAAGUAUUAAAAUAAAAAAAACAUGACUUAGUCAGAGAGAAGUAAGAUAGAAAGCUAAAAUAAGCUUCUCGACUUCUCAAAAAUUAGUUUCUACAAUUAUAAGAAGAAAAAAACAUUAAAUAAUUCCUCGAUUUCUUCAUCCUCCUCUUCAUCUUAAUUAUCAUCUGUUAACAACCUCACAAAGGAUAACUCUAAAAAAGUACUUAAAAAUAAAAAAGUUGAAUCUAAAAAAGAAUAAGUAAAUAAUAAAACUGAUUAAACCGCUAAGGAUAAUAUGAAUUUUUCUUUUGAAAAAUAUAUUAAUUAGUGUACAGCUCCAAGAGUAAAAAUAGGAUUAGAAGCUACCAGUAGUUUAGCUUCUCUCAAUACUGGAGCAAAUACUCAUAAAAGUAACUCUACUGCAUCUAAAACGUUUUCUUUACUAAAAGUAAAGUCCUUUACAUCUUUAGCUAAAUCUCCCUCUAAUUUUUCAUAAAUUUCUACUCUAUCUCCUUUACCUUUAAAUCAAGACAGUCCAUUUUUAAAACCUGAUUUAGAGCAAAUACAUGAACUUGAUUUAAAUGCAAAAUAAUCAGAAGUUACUGUAUAAAUUUAACAAAAAUAACCCAAUUCACCAAAAAAGAAUUUGUGGAACUAAGCAAAAGCCAACAUUCUAAAAAAUUUAGAGGCUAGUUAAUAAAACAAUAAUCCUGAAAAAAAGAAAAAUGUAACUUUUACUUGGUAGUAGCUAAUAAAAGAGCAAAAAUUAAAGCAGUAGCAGUAGUAAGAAUCCUAAGACAAAAAUGAGAUUAAUUUAUAAAAUAAGAAAUAAAAAGUCUUACAAGUAAUAUAAAACCAUGAAUAAAUUAUAACCGAUACAUUAAAUUCUUCAAGGAAUAACUCAAGCAGCAGAAAGGAUCUUUCAUAUUAAAAAGAAAUAAAGUCUGUGUCGAGUUUGGAUUAGAGAAAAUAGCAUUCAAAGCCAUUUUUAUCAGCUAAAAAGCCUUUAGUAAAUAAUUUUUCACCUGUAGGAAGAGUAGUAAGUACUAACUAAAACGCAGCAUUUUAAACUCCCCUCAGAAAUAACACAAUAUUGAAAGAAGUUUAAUCUGAAUCUAAGUUACUAAACAAGUCAUCUAGCAUUUUUGAAUAUAAAGCAAAAGAAAAUAGAAAAACUUUUAUGGAUAUGACAAGAAAAGAUUUAUACACAAGAUCUCAAAAAUCAGUUGAUAAAGUAGAAAAGUAUUUUGAAAAAUUCAUUUCUAAAUCAAAAGAGAUAACUGCUUGA